CUCGAGUCGAGCGAACCGAAGCCGAACAUACCCACCCAUCGUCUCGUCUCGUCGCUCGUGGGCGUGGCGCUCUCUCCCCCCACCUCCUCUUUUAAGACGACGCCAUCGCCAGCCGGCCCUCCCUCGCCGUCCGGCGCCGUCCUCCUUCCCUCUCAUCACAGUUUCCACCUCGCGAGGGGCUCGCGCGCGUGCCCAUCCCGGCCGAUCGACUCACGAAUUCGCGCGCGAUCAUAUUCGUGCAAGGGCAUCCCCGCACGGGCACGGCCGGAAGCACGGAAUCACUUCCCCGGCCGCCCCCAAUUCCCGGGCUCCUCGGCGCCGAUCCCUCGCCGGUGUUCGCUUUCCGGCGGUUUCCGCUGCGUGUCGCGGGCAGGCGCAAGCGGCUUGGCUCGGCUCGGCUCGGUUGUUUCCUCCUCGUGCCAUCCAUGGAGGCGAAGCAGCGCCCGCGGCACGGCGGGGAGAGGAGGCCGCCGCCGGCGACGGACGGCGGCGAGGAGUACGACCCGUGGACGGCGUGGCUCUACAAGCCGCGCACCAUCUCGGUGCUCCUCGUCGGCGCCUGCCUUCUCAUCUGGGCAAGUGGAGCACUUGAUCCUGAAGGUACUGCCGCUCACAGUAGCGUGACAUCAAUCAAGAGGGGUGUCUGGGCUAUGAUUGCAGUCUUCCUUGCCUACUGCACGCUUCAGGCACCUUCAACGAUACUUAUUAGGCCCCAUCCUGCUGUCUGGCGCCUGGUACAUGGACUGGCUGUCGUUUACCUCGUUGCUCUUACCUUUCUUCUUUUCCAGAACCGUGACGAUGCUCGCCAGUUCAUGAAACACCUUCACCCAGAUCUUGGAGUUGAAUUGCCGGAGAGAUCUUAUGGAGCAGAUUGCCGCUUGUAUGUUCCAGAAAACCCUAAAAACAAGUUCAUAAAUAUUUAUGAGACAUUGUUUGAUGAAUUUGUUGUUGCCCAUAUCCUUGGGUGGUGGGGCAAAGCUGUAAUGAUACGAAAUCAACUUCUACUUUGGGUCUUGUCGAUUGGCUUUGAGCUAAUGGAGCUAACGUUCAGACAUAUGCUGCCAAACUUUAAUGAGUGCUGGUGGGAUAGCAUUAUCUUGGACAUAUUGAUCUGCAAUUGGUUUGGUAUUUGGGCAGGAAUGCACACAGUCCGUCACUUUGAUGGCAAAACUUAUGAAUGGGUUGGACUGAGCCGCCAACGAAGUAUCAUGGGUAAGGUGAAAAGAUCGUUGAGCCAGUUCACUCCUGCUCAAUGGGACAAGGAUCAGUGGCAUCCUUUCAUGGGGCCACUGCGGUUCAUCCAAGUGCUGUUCCUCUGCGUUGUCUUCAUGACCGUGGAGCUUAACACAUUCUUCCUUAAGUUUUGCCUUUGGAUCCCUCCAAGGAACCCCUUGGUCGUGUACAGAUUGAUCCUCUGGUGGCUGAUCGCCAUCCCAACCAUCCGCGAGUACAACUCCUACCUGCAAGACAGGAAACCGGUGAAGAAGGUUGGAGCCUUCUGUUGGCUCUCUCUAGCUAUAUGCAUAGUGGAGCUGCUUAUCUGCAUGAAGUUUGGGCAUGGGCUGUUUCAUGACCCGAUGCCUACCUGGCUGAUCAUCUUUUGGAGCUCGGUCGGGACUGCACUCGUGAUUUUCUUGCUUUCGUGGUCAUGGAGGAGUCACCAAAGGUUCAGGAGAAAGCAGCUCUGAUUGUUUCAGUUUGCUACUUUUCUUUUUCGAAUUUUAUAUAGGCGUUGUACAUAUUUGAUAUGGUUUGUGAUGUAACUUACGUUUUAGGGGUGGCCAUUUUUCUGCUGCCCCUGGCAGGAACUUGGUUUGUCACGAUAGAUCAUGCAUUGUUGACAACAUGAGAUUGAUUAAUAAAUUGAAAUAACCGCGACAUCAUAACCAGUUGUAAUUAAUUAUUAAAGCAAGGUCACUGCAUAUUUUGGUUCCAAACUAAUUCUGGGCCAACAAUGCACAGUUCUGUAAUACGAAUGACCAAUCAUUAUCUU